ACGUGACUUGAGGGAGAGGGGCUACACACACUACUAGGGAAGACUGUUUAACAGAAGGAAAACAACACACACAGUUAAUGAGAUACAGGAUUUAAAAAAAAAAUAAAAAAUUGUGGAAGUAAGAUAAACAGUCGAACGAAUUGAAACUUGAAAGCCAAAGUUGAAAACAUUGCACUAUGCUAUUAAUCAUGUUAAAGUGGAUAGUACUAGUACAUUUCUUCCAAGGCUGUAGUGGUCAAGAGUCAUUUGUGUCUGAGUUUCACAUGGAAGAGGUCACAGGAAAAGCCAUUUUGUCAUUGAUUGACAAUACGUUGACAGUGUCCUUAAAUGUAUCAAAAUCAUUUGAAGAUACAAGAAUAGAAAUUCAUCCAUUAUGGAUGGACUACGACACAGCAGAUAAAUGCAGUGAUCAGCAAUUAGGAACAUCUUGGUUUUGGCCUACUAGGCCUAGUACUAUUCAAUCAAUACGGGCAAACACUCUAGUGACUGUCACAUUCUCAGAUUUAAAUAUAUCUACAGUGGAAGGUCAAUCCAUUGUAUUACGAUCAAGCAACAAAACCAUUUGUGCAACCAUUCAGAAGGAAGGAGAGUACAAGACUGCUUUGGCUCGUUUUACAAGAGGUUCUGUUUCUGGUUAUGUGUACUUCAGACAAGCUGCUGCGUCAUCCGCAGGCUCCACUCGAGUAGUUACUGAUUUGUACUCAAGGGAUAGCAUUUCAUCCCUUAGGUGGAAAAUCACUGGUGCUGUUUCAAACUGUGCCUCCAUCACUUCCAGGCAAGCAGCACUGGACCUAUUGAUUUACAACCCAAAUAAUGCCAGUGAUGGUGUAUUAUGCACACCCCAGUCAAACUCAAAGCAAUGUGCUGUUGGUAACCUGAGUGGAAGACUUGGUGAUGUGUCUGUGGGUCAGUCUAAAGGGUAUAGUGACAACGAUCUACCUUUAACAGGGGAGACAAACAUAGGUAAUAAGCUUCUGGUUGUUUACGAAACUGAUGGCUCAGCCUAUGCAUGUGCUAUUAUCAAAAUUUUUAAGGUGAGAAAUGCUUUGGUGAAAUUCAGUCAUGAUGGAGUUACAGGAACAGCUAGUUUCUCACAGAAUUCCCCAUUUGAUCCAACAGUUGUUCAGAUAAACUUCCAAGGGUUAAACAAUAAUUCUAAAGGUUUUCAUAUCCAUUCAUGGCCAACACCAACCAAGAUUACACCUGACCAAGACCUAUGUGGCGCUGCAGUCACCAGCGGACAUUUCAACCCAUACAAUAAAAAUGUGAACUCCCCAAUUUAUCCACAACCAGAUGCAAGUACAGAUGACAUGUACGAAGUGGGAGAUCUAAGUUCUAAAUAUGGUACCUUGGCUAACUUACAAUCAUUGAAUGGUACUUACACAGAUUGGAAUUUACCCCUUUUUGGUGCCAAUAGUAUCAUUGGGAGGUCACUGGUUAUUCACCACAAUGAUCCAGCAGGUAGCAGAUGGGUUUGUGCCAAUGUCAGACCUCUGUAUCCUGUUGUGACAGCUAAAGCCAUUUUCAAGUAUCCAGUAAUUGGCCAGAUUUUGUUUAUGCAAGAAAUGGAAGAGCCAGAUACAGAAACAUCUACUUUUAUUAAAUUGGAUUACAAUGACGGCAGAGCUGGUACACAAGGACAUUUGUGGAAAAUAUAUUCACAUCCAGUAGCAAGUAGUUUAUCUAUAAGUCCUCAAAGUUGCAAUUCUACAGGCACAAAUUAUGAUCCAUUUGAAAGCUUAUUACAGCGACCAAAAACAUUAAACAUUCCAAGUGUUGGAAAUGCUGAUGUUACUAGCAAAUUUUUUUUCACUGAUUUGAUUUUACCACUGUCUGGAAGUCAAUCUAUAAUUGGAAGAUCACUAGUCAUAAUGAAUCUGGAUAAUACAACAUUCUUAUCAUGUACCAACAUUGAGUUAAUGAAAGACCUUGCACUUUAUGCCCAACUAUCAUCUAAGGAUAUCAAAGGCAUUGUUUACUUUACCCAAACUUCUGGCUUUGGAGCCCAAGAAACAACCAUUAACUAUAAUAUUGCUGGGUUGCAAACUGGAUACAGUGUAAAAAUUUUUGAGCUGCCUCCAAGUGAUUCCCAUUCAUGUGAUAAUCUUGGGCCAGUCUUCAAUCCAUUCAAUAUUACUAGUAGCAUUUCUAUGUCAGAUGAUAAUUACCAGGUUGGAAAUAUUGCAAGAUUUUUUUCUUCAAAACAAAGUCCAGCAGGGAACCUAAACCUUCCUCUGGCAGGAGUAACCAGCAUUUUAGGAAGAUCCCUAGCUGUGGUAAACUCUGAUGGUGCAGUUGUUGCAUGUACAAGGAUAGAAAACUAUCUGAAUAGCAGCUUGGAUCAACAAAUUACUGCUGUGUCCAGAUUUACAGGAGAUGUUAAUGGAACUAUUCUUAUGUAUCAAACACUUUAUGCUGAUGGAACAAUGAGUGACACAACUAUUUUAGUUGACCUGAAAAAUUUGUCAGGAACAUUGAGUUAUCAACAUAACUGGCAUACUCAUUCAAGUCCAGUCAAUGGAGAUAAUACAGUGUCCAGUGGGAGAUGUAGCAGCACAGGGCCUCAUUUUGAUCCAUACAAAACUAUGAUGAAUGAAACUAAUUAUGCCAAUAAAUGUAGCAAACAAAAUCUAUUACAAUGUGAAGUAGGUGAUCAAGCCAAGAAAGUUGGAGCAUAUGAUUUAGGUGGCGGCAGAAGGUUAUACACAGAUAUUGACCUUCCUCUGAGCGGUCCUUUUACUGUUCAAGGAAGAGCAAUGGUGGUUCAUGACCAAGAACAUGGGGCUCCCAGAUUAGGUUGUGCCGACAUCAUUCCUAACAGUGAUCUUUUCAUUACUAUAUUUAUAAAGACUCCACCAUCUUUAGACAAGAGAGAAUUGGCUAAAACUAUUGCCAAAGCCGUUGGUGCAAAUAAUGAAGAUGUUGUAGUUGAAAAUGUGGCCAGUGUGAAUGAAAAGACUGAACUAAAAGUAUACUUUACAGGUCAACAAGGGCUAAUUUUGGCAUCCGAAUUUGCAAAAUUUAUAGCAGAUAAAGAUAAUUAUAAAAAGUUAUCUCCAUAUCAGCCAAUCCCUAUUAAUUCAUCCUAUCACAAAGUCCCAUCCAUUAUUGUCAUUGGAAUAUUGUUUGUCUCAAAAACAUUAAUGCUGUCAUAAACAAUGUGUAUAUACACUUUCAGACUUGCACAAUAUCUGAUAAUAAAAUUAGCAUUGUUGUAGAAAAAUGA